AGCCUCUUCCCGGCACUGACCGGGGGGGGGGCCGGCGCGUCCCGGCGUGCGGGGAACCGGCUAACCCCGGCCGUGAGGGAGCUCCCGGCGGCUGCAGGCACCCCUCGAUACGGCGGUGCGGGAAGGCUGGAGCGGCGCCUCGGACCGCAUCUCCGUCCUCCGGAAACCAGCCAGCAUCAUCGCAUACCGAUAAUUUGAGUCGCUUCAUGACCGUCUAGUCUCCUCUGCUUUCAGGAUGCUAUGGCUUAACUACAGCAUAAAAGUUGCUGAUUUGACUUGAGCAAAAAAUUACCUAGAUGAGGUACCUCGUGGGAUGAGGAUGCUGCACCUGCCAGAGGUGAUUAGGGUUUGGUUUCAACAUCUCGUGUGCCCGCUGCUUCAGGAAGGUGUUGACUUGCUCAGAAACACGAUCCCAGACCCUUAAACCUGACAUAAUUUCGCAGAGAAAACUUGCUGCUCCCACUUUCUUUUAUGCAGCUGAAAUCCGUUGCUGGAUCUCAAGGCCAUUUUCAUAAACAAGAAAACAUAAGUUCCAGUGUGGUUCCUGAAUUUUUUGGAAUUUGACUAUUAUUUUGGCAUAACCUUUUUGACUCUCCUUUAAUUUAAGUUUUCCAUGCCUGGACAAAACUCCAGCAGGGCAAGCCACAUAGAUCCUAACAGAGUUACAGACUUCAGGGAUCAUGUAAACCAGCUUUUAGUUCUGAAGGAGAAAUACUCUGUCUGGAGAUAUUUAUUUAAAAUAUUCACAGACGUAAGGAAAUUUCAUUUUCUCAAAGCCUUUUGCAGGAAAAGGUGGACUAAUGAUGAAUCACUUCAUGAUUCUGGCACUACUGCUUCCCCUGAGGACAUGCUACACUACAUACUUACAGCAAGAAUCCGAUGUGUUUCCAGUAACAUACCUUAGCGUUUCCAAGGAUUUGGAUCUUCAGCGGCUGCUGGUGGAAUGGGAUGUUGUCAAGUCAGCACAUGAUGCUGAGCUGGCAAUAUCUUUUGAGAUACAAGUCCGUCGACUCGAUGAAGCUACAACGGUGUGGACAGAGUUUCAUAAUGUCACACUUGAUAAACUGGGAAAACCUCUUCAUUGGUCAUGGGAUUCAGACAUACCUUUGGAGUGUAUGUCACAUGCUGUGAGAAUUAGGAGCAAGGCAAAAUCAUCAAAAAUCUGGAGCCAGUGGAGUUUGUGGGAGACUGUCCCGGGCCUGGACACUUCAAAUAGAAGUGGGCCACAAAUCUUUCCAAAAGAAAAAUUUUUAGCAGAAGGCUCUGAUAUCACUCUUUGCUGCAUAGGAGGGAAAGGUCAAACCAUUAAGGAAUUCUCUGUAUACCCAGCUGUUGAUGUUUUCAAGUACACGAACAGUCAAGUCAGACUUCUCACUGUGGAAAAUCUAUCACAUGACAAAGGGUCGAACAUACAUGUCUACUGUUACGAUGAAGAUGAGCGGUUGUAUCAGGCAGCUUUCUUUGUGGGUAAACCACCUGAUACACCUAAAGAUUUUUACUGCCACACUCAAGACAUGAAAAGAGUAACAUGUACUUGGACAGAAGGAGAGACCUAUCUCUAUGGACAGAAUUUACCACGAUACACCUUGUCUAAAACGUCAUCCCAGAAAACACCUCUGUGCAAAGCAAGUUGUUCUAAGCAGUGCUCCUGCUCUUGGGAUAUAGGCCAGCAGUGGAUCUGGAAUGUCACAGUGACUGUGGAAAACCCACUGGGAAAGAAAACUGCUGCAGAUGUUUUUGAUGUAAAUCACAGAAUUUAUCCCACUGCACCUUUCCAGGUUUGGGAAGAUUGCACAGAUACAGAAAUUACAUUACACUGGAAUUAUGAAAACUAUGAAAUUGACCUCUUUUGUCAGACUGAAGUGCUCCAACCUGAUGGCAAAGUAGAACUGCACAACAGCUCUGAGGUGGACUCAAAGCGUGUCACGGUGCGUGGGCUGCGGCCGUACACUGAGUACACGGCCAGAGUGCGCUGCGGGGCAGCCAAGCACUUCUGGAGGUGGAGUGAGUGGAGCCAACCCCUGACCACCAGAACAAAGGAAGGAACUCCAUCAGGGAAACUGGACAUAUGGAGAGAAAUUACACCAGUUCUGGGGGGACGAAAUGUGACCUUGUUCUGGAAGCAAACACCAAGUUUUCAAGCAAAUGGAAAAAUUAUUUCCUAUGAAGUAACCUGGGAAAAAAUAGAAGAUGGCUCCAAGCCUGAAAGCAUCUCCUUUUCUUCAGUCUACAACAGCACAAGGAUUUUCAUUGAUAACCAUUCCUAUAGAAUCAGUAUCAUGGCAAAGAACAAUGUUAAUUUUUCACUUCCUUCAGUAUUGAUCAUCUCUAGAGCUACAGAUAACAGCACCAAAAAGCUUAAGGAAGGACAGGUUAAUGGCACAGAUGAUGGCAUUUUUAUCUCGUGGGAGCCCAGAAGUAUAUAUGACAGUUACAUUAUUGAUUGGUGUAACUUUCCCAGGUUGCAGCCUUGUGAUUUGCUGUGGAAGAGAUUUGGACCAAACACUUCCAGUGCUGUGAUCAGCUCAGCUGCUUUUGUUCCGGGGGUGAGAUACAAAUUCCGCAUCUAUGGCUCUGUUGCUAAUAGAGCCUCCUUACUGGAAAAGAAGAUUGGUUAUCUCAGGGAGCUACCUCCUCGUCUUGACCCUAUUGUGAGAAAAGUUGACCUAAGUUACAAUUCAGUAACACUGUCUUGGGAUUCUUAUCUCACAAAUGAGUCAGAGCCUGGUUUUGUAAGAGGCUACCAUGUUUAUGUGUCACCUAUAGAAGGGAACUGCAAUCUGAAAGGAUCUAAAAAGCACAUUCUUUCAGAUGAAUCAGAGCUAUGUAAAUACACGAUUGAAAACCCAGAAGAAAAGAGAUACACCGUGAAACACCUGAUGCCAAACACAAAAUACAAAAUAGUGGUUAAAGCAUUUACAGGAGGAGGAGAGACUCCCAUUGUUAACUUUAGAUACAUAGAUACACCAUAUAAUUCAAACAUGCUGUACUUUGUUGCUGUGCUAGUGAUAGUUCCAGCCCUAGUAGCAGCUAUAUGCCACUGGAAGAUGAAGUGGAUGAAGGAGUGCUGCUGUCCUGUAAUACCUAGUCCUAGUAAGAGCAAAGUGCUGUCAUUCAAAGACUUUAAGAUUGAUUCUGAGAAAGUGCUGAAGAUAAAUGACUGCCUUCCUGACAUGCUAGCCAUUGACAGUAAUGCUGAAGCUCAGAAAUUGCCUCCUGUUAUCUGGAGCCCAUUAUCUUCAACACCAACUGAAGAUAAGAUUGAUGGUCACAUUUCUUCCUGGAUUUACCCUAGUGAAAACGUAGUGAGAAACUUCCCAUCCACACCUACACCUCAAACUCAUACUUGUUUCGAGAAUUUUGCUUAUUCUCCUCCACUUAAGACUGAAUCUGAUCCCUACCAAAUACCGAAGACACUGGAAGCAGGCAAGACAAAUCAGGCAGUGGUGCUGUACCAGCCUCAAUGCUAUUUAGAUAUUUUUCAUGAGGAUGCAGCCUCAACCACCAGAGAAACAGCUGAAAGAAAGAACAGUCUGAAAUACAUCUCACAAACAGAUGCAUGCUGUCUGGGGGGGAGGCUUUGAAGUUCUGUCCUCCAGUGAGUCCAUCCAGUGUUUGGCUAUAUACUAUAAAAGAGAAUUCCUAAAACCACAGCUUCUUUUGAUUAGGUCUCUCACAAACCCAGCUGCCCGACUUCCAUUAAUAUGGCAAAGCUGUUGUUUCUGGACUGGUUUUGAGUACUGUUUUACACAGGAAUUAUGUGUGCUAUGGUUCCAUUACAACUUACGGGCAUUAGAUGAGAUUUAUAGGCUGAUUUGUGGCCUGUGUUAUGCAGGAAGUUACAUCACAGCAAUCUGUCAUGGGCUCAUGCAGAGAACUGCUUUAUUUUGCAGAGAUUAAAACUUUAUUCGUAAAGUA